AAGACCCGAAUUUUGCUCCCUUCUCCUUCACGGACUCAUUACCGGUUGAUCAUCGAUUAACUUCUUCCGCGCACCCUUCAUCUUCCUCUCCCCAUCUCGGAUCUCAUCAUUCUCGACCAUCACAUACUCUUGGCAAGUGUGGAGUGAUUGUAAUCCUAUUUUUUUAUGGUUUUAGACUUCUAGGCAAUUCGGGGCCGUUCUCCAAGUGGUGGAGCUACAGCCAUUUGCAGGUCCGGGAAGCCAUUGCCACUUGUACAUAGGCCAAAUUGGUUACCCAUGAGAAUUAUCUCUUGUCUAAUUGACUGAUUAUCGUCUUUGGGUACGGUUUCUCUUCUCUUAUCUUCUGCGAUUGGCCCUCAUCUUGUUCUCUGGUGUUCCUUCCUCUCUGGUUCUCCAACAACAAUCCCUGUUGUCCUUGUCCCUGCUGCCUGACUUCUCCAAGCUGAUGAUGGAUCUCUCUUCCUUCAAGAUGGAUAUUGAUGAGCUCAUAGAUGAGUUUGUUGAGGGUGAAUCAACAACAUUGGCUGAUAUGAAGAAAGUUUUUCUCUCAAGGAAGUUCUCAUACAUCUUUGAGGCUGGCCCUUCCAAUAACUUGGCCUUCUUUAUGCAAUCAUUAUAUGCCCAUUCUAUUGGUCAUAUCUGCAAUGCUGAUUCUUUCUCACGGAGACUAGGAGGACUCUAUUGCCUUUACUGCCUUUAUGAAACUCAACCAUUCACACCUGCUUUCAAAAUAUAUAUCUCUCUUGGAGAACUGGAGAAACUUAGAGUCCUUGUUGCCGAUGCAAAAGCUAAAUAUAUAAGAGUAUUACCAGCAUUGGGAAACCAGAUGCUAGAAACAAACAUGUUUCUUUUUGGGUUUGUGGACUUAAAUAAAGGCUCUGUUAGUGAUACAGUUAAACAACUCACAGAGUUUCAGAAUACUUGUAUAAAAGUUGCAAAUGAUAGGUUAUUUAAAAAUAUUCAUAUUGAGCAAUACCUCCAUAUGGAGUUGGUAUGUUACUUUUAACUUAAUGAGAAAACAGAAGCCUAUUGCACUCUGAGGGCAGACAUAUGUUUCGCAUAUCUAAUGUCGUAACUUCUGUUAGGACUUAGGGCAAAAAUGAGUACAUAUUUAACCUUAUUUUUUGGUGAUUAGAUGAGCUGAGAUUGUUUAAAUUUUACUGGAGUAAUUUCAAAUCUUUUGAUCAGUUGCAUGGUCAUAAUGUCAAACAUAGGUAGUUUUGAGCUAUCUCCUCUUUCACAUUAUAUGUUAUGAUAAAAUUAUAUUUAUAUUCUUUCUUAAAAUUGGCCAAUCACAUCUAAUAUAAUUUUGCCUUUGCUAUAUCUCAGCUAGUUGUAAGAUGGUAAACAUUAGUUUGAAGGUAGUUUUGUAUUACACUAUAUCCAAUCAUAUCUAAAAGGCAUUGUUUUUUCCCUGGGUUUUAGUUUCUGUAUUUUCAUUUUCUGAAUCUGGAGCUCGCAUGUCCAGGAUGGCAUGUGUACAUGUUCAUCCUGGCAAUUGACCAAUUGAAGUAUUAUUUCCUUAUAAUCAAGUUGGAUGAAGUCA